UUUUAUUUAAUAAAGUAAUUUGUACCUAAGCUAAGGUACAUUACAUGGUGCCGAAACCCGAAUUAAAACGGAAAAAUGCCAGACCCAGCAACUAAUAGCGAAAAACCUGACCACAAUAUUAGACCACCAAAAAGUUUUGUCAUAAACAAUUAUCAAAAUGUGGCAAACGAGUGGAAAUUGUGGCUUCAACAAUUCGACUGGUACUCCAUCGCGACAGAAUUGGAUACUAAAAAACCAGAAGUUCAGGUCGCAGUAUUCAUGGCGUCUGUAGGAAAGGACGCAGCAGUAAUUUACAAUACUUUCAACUUAACAGAAAAUGAAAAAAAAAGCGUCAGCACAAUCAAAAAGCGAUUUACGGAAUAUUUUACGCCCAAAAUCAACGAAACGUAUGAAAGAUACGUAUUCAACACAAUCGUACAAAAGGAGUGUCAAACAUUUGAUGAAUUCGUCACAGAUCUAAGAAGCAAAAUUAAAAACUGUGGUUACGGAACGUUAGAAGACACCUUAAUUCGCGACAGAAUAGUAGUGGGUAUAAUAAAUGACACAACAAGGAAAAAACUACUAGCGGAAGGCAAAUUAACCUUGCAAAAAGCCAUAGAUAUUUGUCACUCUGCAGAGCAAGUCAAGAUGCAGGUAACAACAAUGAAACAAGCGGCUACAGUUGACGCAGUUACGUGGAACAAAAAGCAAACUAAAAAAGACAACAAAGAACCUAACAAAAAAGAUGAAACCUUUCACUGCAAUAGGUGUGAUACCACGCACGGCCGUCGUAAUUGUCCGGCCUUUAAAAAGAUUUGCCAAAAAUGUAAAAGGAAAGGCCAUCUAACCAAAUGUUGCAAAAGCAAAACGGUCAACGAACUGGUCGAAGACCGUGAAGGCGACGAUUACAGUUUUGUAGUGUCUACGGUAGGUGCGGAAUUAGACAGUGUGGACGUCGAAGAUUGGUAUGAAAAAGCUACGCUGGCCAAAAACGUAAUGGUAAAGUUCAAGCUUGACACAGGUAGUCAGUGCAACGUUUUAAACUACGAAACAAUAAAGAAUAUAGACGCUCACAUCAGUCCAACGUCAACAAAGUGCUUAACAUCGUUUUCAAACCAUAAAAUCCCCGUACUGGGUGAAGUGGUCAUAGACACGCUUAUUAAAAAACAAGAAGUACCCAUAAAAUACUUAGUCGUCAAAGCAGAUGUCUCAGCAGUGCUUGGUAAGUCAACAUGUGAAAAAUUAAAAUUAGUAAAGCGUAUUGAAACCUUAACUAUUGAUGAAGACUUAUUUGAAGGAAUUGGUUGCCUUAAGCAAUACAUAUACGACAUAGACUUAAUAGAAAAUCCGAAACUAAGCAUAUGCCCUGCACGAAAAAUCCCACACACGAUUAGACAGCAGGUUAAAGAGGAGCUUGAUAGUAUGGUUGCGCAAAAAAUAAUUAAACCCAUAACAAAGCCUACACCGGCUGUGUCACCCAUGGUGGUAGUAAGAAAAAAUAAUAAAAUUAGACUCUGUUUAGAUCCAUCGGUGAUAAAUAAAAAUCUCAAAAGACGUUAUUAUCCACUUAAUACGUUAGAAGAAAUUACAGCGCGCAUUCACGGCUCAAAUCGGUUCACGUUACUCGAUUGUAAAAAAGGCUUUUGGCAACUGCAAGUAACACCCCGUACUUCAGAAUAUCUGACAUUUAGUACCCCGUUCGGAAGAUACUCUUGCUUAAGGAUGCCAUUUGGCUUAGCAUCGGCUCCGGAGGUUUUCCAACAAGUAAUGAGUUCGCUGAUCGCGGACGUAAAGAACGCUGAGGUAUCAAUGGAUGAUGUUCUCUUGCAUGCCACCAGCAAACUAGAACUAGAGAGGAUCACUCAAGAGGUACUUGACAAAUUCAAAAUAGCAGGCCUUAAGCUGAACAAAGAAAAAUGCGUUUUUAAUACACAAGAAGUAAAGUUUCUAGGACAUAUAGUCUCCGCUGAAGGUGUAAAACCUGAUCCCGAAAAAAUAGAAACUAUAACGAAAAUUAAGCAACCGGAAAACGUGAAAGAGUUGCAAAGAUUCUUGGGUAUGGUAACAUACGUGUCGAAAUUUAUAAAAAAUUUGGCAGAUAUCACCCAACCACUAAGACAAUUAUUGCGAAAAGAUGUUGAGUGGGUAUGGGAUACGCAACACAAUGAAGCAUUCAAUAAAUUGAAAAAUCUGCUAAAGAAUCCACCAGUAUUAGGGUAUUAUGACACGAAAGCGCCAAUUUUGCUGUCAGUAGAUGCCAGUAGUUAUGCAUGUGGCGGAGUACUAAUACAAAAACAGAAGCCGAUCGCUUACUGUGCAAAAUCGUUCACAAAAACCGAACAGGGCUAUAGCCAAUUAGAAAAAGAGGCAAACGCCAUUCUAGUUGCAUGUAAAAAAUUUCACAUGUACAUUUGGGGUUGCAAAGAUUUAACGAUCGAAUCUGACCAUAAGCCUCUUAAGACGAUAUUUAAAAAGCCAAUAACAGAUGCACCACCGAGAUUGCAAAGAAUCAUGUAUCAAAUCCUGCCUUAUAAUCCAAAAGUUACUUAUAAAAAAGGUACGGAAUUGUAUGUAGCAGAUUUACUGAGUAGAGACUGCGAAAACUUAGUUGGUGAAGAUUUAAAUACAGAAAAUUUACAAAUAUGUGCUAUUGUGCCAUUCACGAAAACGCGAAAAGACGAACUUAAAGCAGAGACCGCAAAAAGCAAAGAACUUAAUGAUUUAAAGUUAAUCAUACUAAAGGGAUGGCCAGAUACCAUCAAUAAAGUGCCCGAAAAUCUGAAAAAAUAUUGGUACUAUAGAGAAGCUCUCAGCGUUUAUGAGGACAUAAUUUUUAAAGAUCACCGAGUAUUGGUUCCAAACACAAUGGUGCCAUUAGUUAUGAAACAUUGCCACCUUAGUCAUAAAGGACUACAAGGGACGCUAAAACUGGCCCGUGACAAUGUAUUCUGGCCAACAAUGACCAAAGAUUUAACUGAGUACAUAAAAACUUGCGGUGCAUGCAGCAAAAUACAAAAAGAUAAUCAGAUGGAACAAAUAAAUUUACAAGCCGCACCGAAACGGCCAUGGAGUAUUGUCGCUUCGGACAUAUUCCACUUAAGAGGAAAGGAUUACCUCCUCAUUGCAGACAGCUACUCAGGAUAUUUUGACUUUAAACAACUAAACAAUAUCACCAGUUUCAACGUCAUUAAAGAAUUUAAGACAUGGUUUGCUACCUUCGGCAUUCCGGAGGUACUAUUAUCAGAUGGUGGUAAACAAUUUGAUUGUAGCGAAUUCAGGGCCUUUCAGAAAGAAUGGAACUUUGAACAUAGAAUUUCGAGCCCUCAUUUUCCACGUUCAAAUGGCCUAGCAGAACGCUAUGUACAAGAGGCUAAAAACCUGAUGAAAAAGUGCCUUGAAGACAACACGGACAUACACCUAGCCUUGCUACAUCAUCGGAAUACUCCACGCUUGGACCUAGGGUCUCCAGUUCAACGAUUAAUGAACAGAAGAACCAGAACGCUAUUACCUACCAAUGAAAAGCUACUCAAUCCAAAAAUAAUAAAAAACGUGAGCAAAAAACUAACAAAACUCAAGGAAGGUGAGAAAGGAACAGCAGACAGAAAUAAAAAACAGAGUAGAGAAUACACUACGCAAGAGAAAGUACUGCUUAGACAAAGCCAUAAUAACUGGGUUCCAGCUUAUAUAGUGAGACCAGAAGGACACCGCUCGUACAGAGUACAAACCGAGGAUGGCGCCACAUACAGAAGAAACACAUGGCAUCUUAAGCCAGCCACUUCAUCCCUUGACGUUAAUCCUAACUCGUCCACAGACCGUCCUACUGUUGAACCAAAAAUCCAAAGUCCUUCGAGUCCAACACAGCCACCGACAGAAACCACAACACAACAGUGUUCGCCAGAUGACGUGCCUCUGGAAGCUGAGCCGUCCACGCCCGCUACACCACAGGAUGCAGCUAGUCUCAAUCACCCACCGCGCACUCGCUGUGGACGUGUAAUUAAGACACCGGCAAGGUACCGCUGAAAAGGAGGGAUGUCAAGAACACACCUAUCAUUGGUUCAGGAACACACAUAUAAUCGAUUCACAAUACACAUUCCUAACUUUGACAUAUCAUUACUACACACUCAUUCUUGGUGUACACAUUUUUCAUAUAUAUAUUUGUAGAUUGUUCUAGACACAAAGUAUUGAAUAAAACACGUGCCUUAUUAAUUGUUCUCUUUUAUUUAAUAAAGUAAUUUGUACCUAAGCUAAGGUACAU